AUGGGGAAUGGCCUGGAAAUCAUGUUGGACAUCCAACAGGACGAAUACCUGCCAAUUUGGCAGGAAACAGAUGAAACCUCCUUCGAGGCGGGUAUCCGGGUACAGAUCCACAGUCCAAGUGAGCCACCCUACAUCCAUCAGCUGGGGUUUGGAGUGCCCCCGGGAUUCCAGACCUUCGUGUCCUGUCAGGAACAAAGGCUGACCUAUCUGCCUCCCCCCUGGGGUGAAUGUCGCUCUGACCUGAAGACGGAUCUCCCUGGCUAUCAGGAUUACAGUCUGACCGCGUGCCGAAUCCAGUGUGAGAAGGAAGCUGUCCUGAGGGAGUGUCACUGCCGCAUGGUGCACAUGCCAGUGAAGGAGCCUCCUGAGACAGAGCAGUCGAUUUCUCUGGACACGGCUGAGGAAGGUUACAGUUCCAAUCCAAUGCCCAAAAAGCACAGUCGCUUGUCUAACCACAAGGUGGAAGCAUUGAACAAGGAUCGCAAAAAGAGGCUGCAUAUUUCCAAAAUCAUCUCCUCCUCGGAGAACACAUCCCACGACCGACGUCUCCCUGGUCACAAGCAGGAAUCAGAACUUGGUCCUUGCCGCCGACAAAUGCAGGUGGUGUUGCAGAAUCUGAAGAAAGCUGCCUACCUGAGUCCACAUGAGGUUUAUAUCCCGAACUGUGACCGUAAAGGCCUGUACAAAAGGAAACAGUGCAAGCCCUCGAAGGGGAAGCGACGAGGCCUGUGUUGGUGUGUGAAUAAGCAUGGACUGAAACUACCUGGCUCCGAUUUCAAGCACCGUGACUUUCAGUGUCACAGCUUUGAGAGCAACUGAUGUCACUGUGUCAUUGAAACCCUCGGCAACAUGUUAGGCUCCUCUCCAACCAACUGAGCUAUCUUCUCACCAGCUGGGUGGCUGACUACAGACUAUAAACCUUUGGCAGUGAGUGCAUCAAAGUGUAAUAAUUUAAACAAAAAUUGUAUGUAAUGAUUUUUCGGGGCAUCGGAUUGGUUGAACCUGUGUGAGCUUCUUAUUUUGGCUUUUCAAUCUCUACCAAAGAAACACGUUUCAAUUCAGAUUGGCUUUGGUAAGAAACUGCUGGAGGAUGGGGUAAUAAUGUUCUCUUUUUAAACCAAAUGCCCUUUCUCAUCACGAGUUAAGGAGAUCUUCACCCAUCCAAAAAAUGCACUUAAAGAAAGCCCCCAGACCUUCAACCCAAUCUUUCACCAGACACACGGACCCUACAGAGCUACAGGGAUCUGGAUUGGACGAGGGACUGGGGACAUCCAUUGUCUGGAGUGACCUCCUCCUCACUUUCAUCUGAGGGCCUUCUGGA